UUCUAACUCACAAAGAGAGGCGGAAGCAGAGUGGGCUGCAGGCUCCAGCAAGCUGCAAAGUGUUUGACUCAAGUAGACGAUGACGGGAUACAAUAUCACAGCGGGUGACGUGGAGGCCGGGCUCCAGCACAGGAUGGAGGUUCUGGUGGAGAAGAAGUCCUCCACAGGAUGGGUGUGGAAGGCGUUCGGGGUGCUGCUCUUAGUGGCCCUUUGCAUUGGAGGGGCCCGGCUCUAUGUUUGGUACCAGCUUGAAAGAUCAGAAUCCACAACACAGUCAGGAAAGACGGCAGCACCAAGGAUAAUGGACCCUGACGUGACAACAGGUGCCCACUCCCAGCUGAAAGAAAUGAGCAGAAGAGCAAAGGCAGCCAUUCACUUAGUAGGUGAUUACGACGAAGACAGCCAGCAGCCGGCCCUGGAGUGGAAGGACGGUGUGGGCCAAGCCUUCGCUCUGGGCGGACUCCGUCUCCACUCCAACCAAAUCAUCAUCCCAGAAAAGGGCCUGUACUUCGUCUACAGCCAGGUGUCGUUCAGGGUGUCCUGCAGCAACGACGUAGAGGGCGCGUGGAGCUCAAAGCCCCUCAGCCACCGGAUCUGGAGGUCUUCGGACUCCAUCGGCAAACCGGUGUCUCUGAUGAGCGCCGUGAGGUCGGCGUGCCAAAAUGUGCCGGAGGACGGCGUGAGAUCGGGCCAGGGCUGCUACAGCACCAUCUACCUGGGUGCUGUGUUUCACCUCGACAAAGGAGACAAGCUGCAGACGGAGACCAACCAGCUGCCAGAGCUGGAGACCGAAGAGGGCAAGACUUACUUUGGCGUCUUUGCACUUUGAGUCGCUGCUGUGAUACUAAAGGACAGUACCGUAACAGUGUGUUUAAAAAAAAAAAUCACAUUUUUACACUUUUAUUCAACCUAAAGGUGAUGUAGAAAUGCUAAAAUCUCAAUGGAGAUGUAACUGGGCAGCUGAACAGGCUGAAAACUUUAUGAACUGUAACAGUUUGCAACUUUAUCUUCGUUUCGGGCACUUUGUGACUUUAUUUAUGCUGAUCAGAGAUUGUACGGACUAGACUUCUGCUGUUGCAGAUGUCCGUGUGCUUCUUUGUUAUUUACACGUAUCUAUUUAUUUAUAUUUAUUUGUAUUUAAAUC